GCAUCAAUAGCCGGUAGCGCUAUUGCUACUUUACAAAAAGAGUUGUCAGCCACAUCUUCUUCUCAGAAGAUUACCAAAUCCGUGAAGGCACCCACUGUGAGGCCUGGUGAGACCAGAGUGAGAGCAGAGCCCACCCCCUCCCCCCAGUUCCCCUUCGCUGACACACCAGAGACUUACAAGAGUCAAGCUGGCAUUGAAGUGAAAAAGGAAGUAGGGGUGAGCAUCACUGGUACCACAGUCCGCGAAGAGCGCUUCGAAGUACUUCAUGGGCGUGAGGCCAAGGUAACAGAAACAGCAAGAGUUCCUGCACCUGCUGAAAUCCCCGUCACUCCACCAACUUUGGUCUCGGGCUUAAAAAAUGUGACUGUUAUAGAAGGUGAAUCCGUCACCUUGGAGUGCCACAUCUCUGGAUACCCAUCCCCGAAAGUGACAUGGUACAGGGAAGACUACCAAAUAGAAAGUUCCAUUGAUUUCCAGAUAACCUUCCAGAGUGGAAUCGCUCGUCUUAUGAUUCGGGAAGCUUUUGCAGAAGACAGCGGGCGAUUUACUUGCAGUGCUGUGAAUGAGGCUGGGACCGUCAGCACAUCCUGUUACCUCGCUGUGCAGGUGUCAGAAGAGUUUGAAAAAGAAACCACAACUGUGACUGAGAAAUUUACCACAGAAGAGAAACGCUUUAUGGAGUCAAGAGAUGUGGUAAUGACUGACACUAGCAUCAUGGAAGACCGAGCAGAGCCUGGAGAACCUGCUGCUCCUUUCUUCAUUUCAAAACCAGUGGUCCAGAAACUGGUAGAAGGAGGGAGUGUGGUAUUUGAAUGUCAGGUUGGCGGCAACCCAAAGCCCCAUGUCUACUGGAAAAAAUCUGGGGUUCCUCUAACCUCUGGAUAUAGACACAAAGUGAUUUACAGCAAACAAACUGGUGAGUGCAAACUGGUGAUUUCAAUGACUUUUGCCGAUGAUGCUGGAGAAUACACUAUUGUUAUUCGCAAUAAGCAUGGAGAAACUUCUGCAUCUGCCUCCUUGCUUGGAGAAGCUGAUUAUGACUCACUGAUGAAGUCGCAGCAAGAAAUGUUUUAUCAGACACAAAUGACUGCCUUUGUACAAGAACCUAAAGUUGGAGAAACAGCACCUGGAUUUGGAUAUGCUGACUAUGAAAAAGAGUAUGAAAAAGAACAGGCCUUAAUUAGGAAGAAAAUGGCCAAAGAUACUGUAAUG